AUGUAACAAGCCGGACGCAGAUCUGCUCCAAUACAGCAUUAUGGAUCAUCCUCUGGACCCACACAAAGACUCUGGCUUCCAGGAAGACAGAUGCGGCCUGACGUUGCCCAACGAUAAAACGCAAGGUCCUGCUUUCUUAGGGGCAUCAUGUCCGGUCUGUGUGGAUGAGCCUAUAGAUAAAGAGAGUGAUGACCUUUCACUUGCUGGUCAACUGACUUUUGAUCCUUUACGGGUUCCACUGGAGGAUGGCAAGAUACAACUUCCAAGUGGUCUAAUAACGGAACGGAACAAGGAUCCUUCAUAUGACCCAUAUGUCGUGGACAUAACUGGAGGAGGUGUCCACCCUGAUCUUUCCCUGUUGUCCAAGGCCACAGAUCAGAAAGGUGGGUCUUCACCGAUAUCUUCACCGAUAUCUUCACCGGAGCCACUGAAAGCUGUGUUAUUGGCCGGGAACGUUGGCAAUGCUGAGGAUGGCUCCUUGAUACCACUGCUGGCACGGAGUGAGUCAAGGCAGGAGUGCCCGAUCUGCACAGAGUUUUAUGACGCCCGUGAACACAAGCGAGCAGAGCUUCACUGCAACCAUUUCAUCUGUGACAGUUGCGUCUCCAGCAUAAUGACCCUGACUGGCCAUGGGAAUGUUGGACGGAUUUCGUGUCCCAUUUGCCGGCAGCAGACCCCAAUGCUGAAGUUUGAGGUUCGUAGGAUGCAGGAACAAAUGAUGGAAAAUAUUGCUCGAUGCAAUGAGCCCGUUCGUGUUGAACUCGAUGUACCGACUCGGACGCCCGGACUGUGCGGCGCUUUGGAAUAUCGAUUCCAGACUCGCUUCCGCAACAAUCCACGGUUUAUUUUCCCUCCCUGUUUUAGAUAUUCACGAGGAUUUAUCGCAUUUACAUUCAGAUUAAAACGACGCUCUUCAUGCGCAUACCGGACACUAUUGUUUGUGCUAUUAAUUGCAGAAUUUGCCAGUUUUUUUAUAAUCUUCCUACCUAUUAUAAUUUUAGCUUUAUUAAUUAUAUUUCUUAAGUAGAUAGGAAAGUAGAUUUUCUGAUUUAAUAUUGAUAAUAGUUACUCCCUUUUGGAAUUCCAAUAGAUAAUCACAUUCCAUAGAAACGCGGGGUACAGCCUCACCAGUGGCUUGAGGGUCAUUUUACUGAAAAACAUUUUAAGGGCUUUAUUUGCUAAACAGUGAGUUAAUGGCAGGUGCUGCUGGCAUAGAACUUUUAUUCAAAAUGUAUUUUACUAUAAAUUAAGUAAUGCUUGGUAAUUCGCGGUUUAGUGAAUCAACCCCUUACCAAUCUCCAUGACAGAAGAACCAUUAAAUCUCUUUCAUACCAAUAGACCAGUAGUCGAGUUUUAUUAAUAACCAGACAGAUCU